AUGGCAGCGCAGUGCAACAAAGGUAAAGAGUAACAGUAAAAGCUCUUGUAAUGUAUUAUUUAUUAGCACUUCUGUUUUGUUUUUGUAAAAUGGUAUAUGUUGUACUGCCCAACGUCUAACUGUGAACACGGUGCCAUGGUGUUUGUAAAAGUAAAAUACUGUGUAGUGCGUUGUUUACAACUGGUAUCACUAACAACAACUAACGGCUGAAAACAGCUAACAACAGCUGACAACCACUAACAAUAGCUGACAAUUGUAAACAACAGCUAACAACAGGUAACUGUAGGCGUCCAUCUUGGUUUUAUGACUCAUUAACUGGAACACCGUCCACUCAGGUGUAACGUCAUUCCCAGCUCCGACAUCCAACUUCCGAGGUAACUGGCACGCAGCAUGAUAUUGGAUUCUAUUGAAGCAGUAGUCAGCUUCGUCUACAUGCUGAUUUUUUUAAUCAAUUAUUGACUACAAAAUUAAGACAUAAAAACACUCCUUUUUCCCUAAACAUCAAUGAUAGCCUUGUAGCAAUAACUACACUGGAUAAUACAGGACUAUCAACCCUGAGUUUACGGUUUAAAGCGCUUGUAAUCUUAUAUUCUAUAAAAAGUUUGUGAAGUUUGAAACAUCAGCAUUUCAUCAGAAAACAAAAGGCCUCUGGGUAAACCUCCUACGUAUGGCUUCAUUAAGGAAGACCACGGAUGCUGUGUAGAAUCUGAGUUUAGUAGCUCUGACGUGCCCUCAAUGGUCCUCAAGUAAGUUUACAUUCAAUCAAAUCCGGCCAAUACUUGAUUUAAACCGCAGCCUUCAUCUUUAAGUUGUUUACAUGAUGUUGGAAGUGAAAACAAAGCCUUUUGUUCAAACAUACGAACAACCGUGUGUGGCGUAGGCUCUUCUUUUCCUCCCACGUAGAUCACAAACUCAAACUGACUUUCUCCAAACUUCAGGCUCAUCCCUUUGGUAUGGGCAUUGGUAUGUCGUCCUUUUACAAUUUAUUCUUCCAUGUUUCUCAGCUAAAAACCUUGAAAAGUCAACUGGAGACUGUUGUUUAACUUUCACCUGUAGCUUGUAAGAGCUGACAGCAACAAUUGUGAUUUUAGACAGCUGAAUCAAACCCAAAGAUUAGUUCAAACAGUUUCUGCUAUGCUUUUUUCCAGAGUUUUUCUUUGUUUUGAAUCCUACCCUCACUGUGUAGAUCAAUAGAUAACACCUUGGUGACCUGUGGUCUAUUGUUAACCAGUUGUCGUACAGCAACCAUCAGUCUUCCAGCAGAAACAAUCUGUCUCUGGGGAUUUGAAAGCCCAGGACACAGCAAAGUAGUGAUGAGUGAACCAGCUGUCCUCUCUGCCUCCUAAAGCCCCAUGUGGAAGUGCACACACGCACAACUACCUCUCAUCUGCCUUCCUGCUCCCCUGAUCUCCCACUUGUUUAAUGUGUGUCUGUCUGUUUGGAGGGAACAUAGUAAUCUUACUUCAAUGUCAAACGCUGUGCAUCCACUCUUAUCCGCCUCUCCUUCCCCAGAGUCCAAGCUCCUGUCUUGGGAAACACGAUAUCGAGUCAUAACAGAAAAGAACAGAGGUAAGUUAUGGGCUGAAAGUGGACUGGGAUUCUUUGGAGGUGUUCAGUGACACAGAAAAAGAUGUUGGUCCUCUGUUUUGUCUCACAACAGGCAGCUGCUGUUGUUCCCUGAACCUCCACAUAGUUGGGUCUGUUUGCUGCAGCUGAAUCAGUUUCCGACUCAACUUUAGUGCGUCACUACAACACUGUGAGUCAUACAAGUUGCAAAACAAGGAGUUUCAAAAAUGAGAAGUAUUAUCUCAUCAACUCCCCACUUCUGGCACAGCACCACACAAUGCUGCCAUCUGCACGUACUCUAUGAAUGAAAUCAUACGCUGACCUCCUCCUGUACCCCUUAAGGCAGCAGAAGUCAUUUUAAUCUGCUUAAAAAAAUUCUUUUUGGCAAAAAUUUAAACUAGACUUGUGGCCCUCUUGACCCCACUGGCUAGACAGCUGAAAUUGCAUCAUUUCACGAGGCUUGGAUUAAAAAUUCCACAUAUUUCAGUACAUCAGGAAAGACUUAGUAACGGUGAAUUGGUCUGUUAUAAGUUUUUUCAAGAAAUAGAGCAACUGCAAUUCAGGAGUGUACGUCAGUAUCACUGUCUGCUGGUUACUUUUCAAAACUUUCUGCUUCUUUAAUUCCCAAAACAAUCAUUCGUAGCAUUUCUAGUACAGACUUCUAGACUUCUAAACAACUCAAAAAACCACUCUUUACUUAGAAUUAGCCACUUUAACGAAAGAAUAAACAUAUGUAACAGUAUAAAUAAACUAUCUAAAUAAAUAUACGUUUACAUUUAAAGCUCAUGUGAUGAAAUUUCAGACUGUGUCUAUUUUGGUGCCUCCAGUGGGACUUUUAAUCCUUUCGCUGACCUGUUCAUGCACCUUCUGACUAAAAUCUUCCCCCUGCUUUAUCACAAAUACUGAACAUGCAACUCACUAUGAAUGUUGAGGGAGGAAAGCUUGAGGUACCUCCUUUAAAAUAUUCCCAAAAGAUGUGUAAAACAAAUAUGAAGAAAUGAUAAAUCUGCCCUCUGAUGGUCCGACUUUGUUUCUUUCCAUCAUGAAGAGUUACCAGUAUAAAUUCAAAUCUGUUAAAAGUCCUCACAAGACCUUUAAAUAAUGAUUUCUUGGCAAAUGUCUGACUAAUUCCACUCACACAAAUCCCAUUCAUGUGCUUUAAACAUCUAUUUUCUUAGAUAUUAUCCUCUCUCUCCCCUCUUUUUCCACGUGGUUUGGUCGUAGUUAAAGAUUCUGUUCAGGAAGUUGAGUCCGAACAUUAAUGCAGGUCAUAAAUCAGCUGCUCACGGCUGGAUUAUCGAAGAACAUUCUAUGAAGCAGGCGUUUGGAGCCGGUCCAACCCAUGAACAAAGAGCUGCCUAUCUUUCCCUCAGCUCAGGCUAUGCACUUGUUAAACCCUGCGUGACGUUUGUCUUUUUCGGCUUCCUGUAGGCCGCUAUCGCACUGCAACCAAAACUUUUGUCCUUUCUCUUAAAUGCUUUUCUUCUGCUCCUUUCUCUCUGGCUCCCUCUCUUUAUAAUUUGCUGGUCACAGUUUGAAGUCAGCCAGCUGGGACUUGGUCAGUAAUUGGAGUCUCUGCAGUGACUGCCUACAGCACAGCUCCAAACGAUGCACUGGGGAGGCUCCCAAGGAAAACUCAAUAAGCUCUUCACACUUAAGAGUAAUCAUCAUUAUUAUUUUUCCACUGUAGUGAACAAUACACAGCUUAUUGGUGACUAUAAAUAGGUGAAAGACAAGCAGAAAUAUACAAGCAUUGUUUGUUUUUGAGUGUCUUUCUUUCAUCUCAUCUCUAUUUUAAAUUGUCCUUCAUUCAUUUCCCACGGUGCAGCUUUGUUGUUUUAAGUGGGUCAAGGUCUUACCCUUUCACAACAUUGUCUUCUCACUUAGUCUAUCAGCCAUUACAGACAUGCAGAGCACAUCAAAGGCCCGAACACAGUCAUUUCAACACAAUGCACAUUAUUUUCUGCUGUUUUAACAAAAGAGUUAGGAUUAGGAUAAACUUUCCUUUUAGCAGGAAAAUUGAGUAUGCAUUAUGUUCAUGUAAACAAAGGAUGUAAUUUUAUGCUUGAAACUGCUGGAUCAAGAACAAUGUGGACAGUGUACGAUCUGUUUUCUGAAGGCCUGUUUUGACAUAAUGCUUAAAAAAGUGAUGCUUCAGAUACCCCAUAUUAUGAUUCUAGAUGCUGUUGUUUAUGUUGUUGCUUUGAGUUGACCCUGAAGUUGUGGGAAGAGUAGGAAAGUCUCAGAGUCUCAGAGAAGAAUCUGCAACAAAUGGUUGGGUCAUGUGUGAAUAUGAAUGCAUAAGAUCCAGUUUCACCUGUUUUCUAACCUGACUGUGUCAUAUUUUCAUGUUAGCUGGUAAAGCUGCUGACAAAAUUCAGGGGAAGUUCUUCACACCUAAAUCAGCCUACGAACUAAAGAGGCUGUGCAGGCUUAGAAGACUUAGUGAUUGAACGCUGGCACCCUUGCUAGUCUACUACAAAACUUAAACAUGCAGCUGGUGGUGGUGCUAGCUCUGCUAAUGUUAGCCUCACUCAAAACAGUCAGUCAGUACGUUUACAUGCACAGUUUAGAUUAGGUGAUCUAACUGGACUACUGGCCUUGUCCCUGUUCACACCAGGCAAGAAUUGAAUUAUUAACAGAAACAUGCCCAUCUCCACUAUGGUAGGGUGACCAUACUCUGACUUCCAAAAAAAAAAGGACACAACUACACGGGGGAGGCGUCAUGGAGUGAAUUUUGAGAGUUUUUUGAGUCAGGUGGAGUGUCUUUUACAUGCUUCUAACUAAGUAAGUCCACGUAACACAAACUUGAAGCUUCCUUACAAUACCAUGGACAUUUGAAGGAUUCUAUUAAAUUCCCCAGACAAAGCUAGACAAGCCCAGACAGCCCCCCCAAAAGAGGACAUGUCUGGGUAAAAGAGGACAUAUGGUCACCCUACACUAUGGUAUGUGAUGACAUCCCCCCUUUCAGCUCAUUACUAUUGAGUCAUCUCUUGGUUGACAUGUUAUGUACCAAAACAGACAGUAAAACUGGUUCAGAAGUCGUUAAGAGGAUGCAUGUUGAUGAAAACCCUCUCACUUUUGCAGCUCUGUAUGGUUUGUGCAAUAUUACAAUUUCGUCUUUCUUUUGCAUCUUUUCUCUGUCUGUUGAGGUUUUCUGUAAUACCAAACUACCAUCCAACUUCCGGCCAAAAGCCCAGGCGUGCGAGCUCUGAAGCUUGUGCAGAACACCUUUAAGCCAGUUCCAGUCCACAUUGAUGACAGAGGAAAUCGAUCCCCAACCACAUAAUCAAUGAGAAGUUCAAUUUUGUGCAAUUUCAGUCAGAUUAAGAGUUUACAUGUUUUUUAAGUUUUGGACUUUUUAAGCAGUUGACUUAAUUUCAUGGUAAGCUAUGUACAAUGUUAGCAUGCUAGUUACUCUGGUUAAUUAUGUUAGGCUACCUAACCAUCAUUUUACUGUAAACAAUAGGACGAAACAACAGCUAAGUUUUGUAGCCGACUCCCUCAUUUCCAAACUAGUUCUUCAAGAUUAAGUGCCAUAAGAUUACAUAAGCAGGAGACCAAACCAAAGACCAUCACUACCUGCAGCUAAUGAUAAUAAAACCUUCAACUCUGCCAAUCUUCUCUCCUGUAGGUGAAGUUAAAUAAAAGAGAGCUUUAACCACCCCAAUGUCUACAAAGCCAAAGCAGACAGAAAGCCCCCCAUCCUGUUCAAAAAGCACAAAACCCUUCGUUUUUGACAAGACUCAAAGCCCUCUUCAUAUGACGGCGAACACCGGCUUAAAACGUGUUUUUCAUGGGUAGCAGUCUGUGGAUGAUAUGAGGUUAAGUCUUGAUGCUUUUAAGAUUUCUCUUGAACACGCAUAUUGACUGCAUAUUUGUCUGACAUCCUCUGCUUUGACAGAGAUAUCGACUUUGCUGCUCUUGAGUAAUAAUAAAGGGCAUUAAACUGUGAUGCCCCCCAACCACUUUAAAGAUUAUGUGCUCACUUCAGAGCCCGCUAGGCACCAAAGUGAGAGGAUAAACAAAGUGUUAAUUGCAAAAAAUGGAUUCACUGCCAAGUCAGCGGUAUGGCUGGACCGGUGCUACCCCACAAAAGGUCUAACACCCUCUGGCUGACAUGGAAAACAGUCUGAAGAUUUCAUGCAAAGGGGAAAAAAAAGAUGAAAGAGAAUUGAGUCCAAACUGCCUUUCAAACAUUUAUAUUGUUCAGUCUCUAGAGAUCUGUCAAAACUCUGGAAAGUGAGCUCAGGCAUCCACUCUGCAGAGGAAACAGAUCCCAUUGGUGCAGGUAUGGCUCUCAGGAGUGGUAGUAUACAUUUCAGCUUUAAGAUGCUGCUCCAGGAGCUCAACAUAUAAAGCAUGACAACCAGACCACACCAUGAAUCAUGGCUGGUUGUGAUCACUUCCUGAUUAAGAGCACCAAAAAUUCAGGCAUCCCUCACACCUGGUAAAGCACACUGAGAGCCCUGACACGCAGGCACUUGGGUGACACCGUGAUGAAUGAGCGGGUGAUGAAACACAGAGGCUCUGUGAACCCUCCCCUACAAACAGUGCCGCCACCACUCUGGAGGAUAAAACAUAUUACAUUCACAGCCCCAGGCCUUGGAAAGGAGUCAACAUGAUGAAGCAAAACUGCAGAGAGUGCAGCACAUUGUUCGAUUAAGUCUCCUCUGCUUCACCCGCGCUGACAGUUUCAUGUUCAUUAUUAAGCAAGAGAGGUUGAAUUUGAUACAGAAACCUCCAGUAAGAAAAUACAACUGAACAGCUGAAAUACAAGCAGCUCUCCUGGCCUGUGCCUAUGGUCUUUGGAGGGAAGGAAGCAGACAAUGUGAUUGGCUGCUGAAGGGCCCAUGUCGUCUAAUUAAAAAAAGGAAGAGUGAUGACUCGGCUCAUCCUCGGUGAAUUAUCGCUACAGGGCGUCUCACUAUGCGGUGACUCAGCUCUCUGUGUCUUCCUCAGGAUAGUGGCCCAGGCUUCCUGACAGGACAGUUCCUGUGCCACCGCCCACCCCGCAUCAUCACAGAGACACAGUAGAGCACAACUUGUUAUGAAACAGUUGUGGUGAUGCAACACUGGGAGCAACGCUGGUUUCAAAGAGUAUAAACAAAACAUUUGGCUGAAGAAUGGCAGAUUUCUCCCCUCCAGCUGAAGAUUUAGAGCUCUGUGAUUGAACUGUAGCCUGCGCAGGAAGAGGUGGGCGAUUUUGGAGAUUUUUUGAGGUGUAAAAAAAAUGCUGCUUGCACAGUAUGUCAAUAAUUCACGGGCUAUUUAGAGGCUGCAAAAUGCUAAAUGAGUUAUGGUGUAUUUAAACAAGGGGGUCAACGCAGUCACAUUAAUGCAGUCCACUGCGGCAGCGGUGAACCACGAAACCUGACAUUAAUCCUGAGGGUAAUGUGGCCCUUCCUGUGCCUAAUGAAAUCUGAAGCUUUUAAAUGGCUGCACCUAAUGACACUCCCUGACAGUUUUUGAAUUAAGCAGCCAUGACUAGCAGGACUGGACCAAAUAGCACACAGAUGGCCGACACCAAACUUUGGUUCACCCACCCCCAUUCGCUGUUUGCCCUUGAGCUGUUGCAUGCAACGCCUUACCUGCUCGAGCAUUAAAAGGAGCAGAGGAUUUUUCACUAGACAACAAGAACCUGCCAAGAAGUGAUAGAUAAAUGUAACUUUAGGCACAUGGAAAGAUUGAAGUUUAUUUAAUCUUUGGGGUUUAAAUAUUCAUCAUUCAGAGAAUACCUGUUGACUCACAGAUGUCCUUUUGCAAUUCUAAUCUUUUACAAAUUGUUUUGAGAAAUUGUCUUCGAACAUUUAAUGUUUGCUUUCUUUUUCAGCCACUGCAACAUUCUGCUGGAUAAAAUCCCAGUUUUAGAAAGCCAAUGUUUGGAUUUUCUGACCCCCAGUUGUGGAGAGUACAUCAGAUCAGCUGGAGCUCAGGGAAUAGCGCAAUCAUUUUUCAAAUUUUGCUGAAUGGACUGCACAGGAUGUAUGAGUAAGAAGGUCAGAGUUUAAGGAGCUAUCAUUUGACGCAGCAGUAUGUCCCUAAAGCUUGCAUUACACAUGCAAAGGGUGUACCUUAUAAGAGUAGCUGCAGUAUGUGGAUAGGUCAAAAGGAAAAUAUUUUAUUUGGACGCAAAAAAUGAUCAUAUAUCCACCUCCUGUUGUCCUUUUCUCUUUCAUGUUUUUGGCUUGUAUAGCCCACAACAUUAUCCAACAAUGGGGCCACAUAGUUGAAGAUUCUCCAGUGACUUAAAACAAUAUGCCUCAAAUGCUUCAACUGCCCACCUGUAAAGUGAACACCAGAGCAGGGCUGUCAGCAGUCACAUGUCAAAUGCAAUCAAAAUCUGAAAUUAAGGCGUUAGCUUUCACUCAUUAGCAUGCUAUUUUAUCCCCUCUGGCACACCGUAGUUUAGCCACUGCAGCAUUUUUCUGCUUUCUGCAGCUGUCUUGCAGAAACAAUACCUCUACUUUGGAGUGAAACAUUUCAACUUAACAAAGAAAAAUUCCAGAUGGCUUAGUUGAUGAGUUAAAAGUAAUACAUACACUUUGCAUCAAAUAUAGUGAAAAUAUCACCAUAGGACCUCAACUUAAAGUUGAAGUUUUUAAUUCUUAUUAAUUUAAGUAAUAUAUCUACAUAUUUAUUUUUUAAACAAAUGUCUACUUUUGAGCCUUUCAGACACUACUCAGUGCCAUUAAUCUCAGUAACAUUUCAUUUAUCAUGAAUCAAACUCAGACCAGAAGUGUUUUCAACUAGCACUGCAAUAUAUGAAAUAUAUUUUAAUGGUUUUUGGAAAUGCCAGUAUGAGUUUCUUUUCUGUCAAUUAACUCUUGUUUUGUAUGACCUUCUGUCAUAAUGCCAGGCAAUCAGCUUUUUUCAACAGACAUUAUAUCCAGCCAGACUUCUCUGAGGACAGUCAAGCUUGUCGCAGCUGGGCGCAAACAUGAAAUCUGAAACCACAUAAUUGCUGAUUUGAUUGCUCCAAAUAUGUGGCGCAUGCAAUCUUUCCAAACCAAAUAAAUCAAUUAAUUUACACCCAGCCAAACUUCAGGGAGAGCGGUCUCUGUUGGACUUUUUCUGCAGCAGCGCCACGGUGAAUAAACAUCUGCAGAAAACAGCUCAGACCCGCUUCUUUCAUGUGCAACAAACAAACCAUUCCAGCAACCCACAGAGGCACAAUGCAACUGCUGCCAAGGGAGGCAGAGUGUGAAAACCACUUUAUACGGGUUGGAAAAGCGUCACAAAACAAGAAAAUAGAGCUUAUUUCACACACUUGAAAGAUACAGGAUUAUGCUUUUUAUUCUUUUGCUUUCAAAGAUGUUUCUUUUUAAUGAUAAUCCUCUCCGAUUGCAAAUAACUUCAAAAUUUGGAAACUUGCCAUGGGCUGAAAUUUAUAUCCCCAAAUUGUUCUCAAAGGUUUUCAAACAGCUGAAGCACCACUUUUAUUGCACUAUAUGCUUUAAAGUGACACCAAACAUUGAGCACACCAGCUUUAUCUGCGCUGAAGAGCCUCCCGUGGCGCAGAGCAGGCUCAGUGUCCAGAUAAUGAGCAAGCACCAAGAGGCCCAAACACUCAUUUGAUCACAAACACAUCACGACAACCGCUUGCUCUCAUUUAGUAUCUCUGUGUCAUUUAAAGCAGUUGGAGUGGUGUACAGAGAGGGGAAUGUGCUGCAUGAAGCAUCAUGUGCUGUUUUCCCAGGGUAACUCAUGAAGGCAGGGCUGCCAGGAAGCUCUGGUGAUGGUGCUGAAAUCCAGACUUGCAACAAUACUGAAAUACUUAAACACAAACAGAGCUCCAGAAGAAACGAGUUACCAUACAAAGGCAAACAUAUUGAUUGUGUCACAUGAUUUUUACUUUUUUUUUGCUGGUGUGUUUGUUUUUCUCAAGGAGAGCUCUGACAACAUUUCUGCAGAUCAUUACUACAGAUAUCCAAAGUCAGAUGCUUCUUCUUUUGAAGAGAGAACGAUACUUAAGUGAAACAGACUGAAUGAAAGUUGAGUUAAACAGUCGAUACACAGGUGGUAGAAAUAAUCUUAUGAUCACUGAGAGCUGGUGUUGUGGGUUGCAGCUUGUCCUCAACUCUCAGACUCUGGGUUUAAUUCUCAGUAGAAUUAAGGCUAGACUAAAAUACCCCCUCAGUUAUUCAGAGCAAAAAUAAAAAGUACAAAAUACCAUACAGUAGUUAAUUAAAGGCAUGGUUGACGAUUGGAGAGAUUGGUUAUUAUUAUGAACCUUGUUUUUAUGGCGAUCAUGGUCCUAUAGUGCAAUCACCUGAAAGUGAAGAGAAAAAAGAAUGGAAAAAAUCUGUUCACCCUAGCAGGUGCAGGGCUGCAAAAACAUUGACCAAUGGGAGCCAUCCAUCCCAGACAGCUCCCAUUGGUCAAUCUCCUGCCCAGCCUCUCCAUCCAAUCACCUAGCUGUAUUCGACACACCCCCUCCCACUCUUCCGGCUCUCCUCGGAGCUCUAAGCGGCUAAAUGUAGCGUAGCAGCUUAGCGACAGGACGCAAAAAAAAAAUAAAACACUCCUGCUUUCCCCACCGUCAAAAGUGGGAAGAAAACGCUGACCGAAAAAGGGCAGAGGAGAAGAGGAAAUGUGAACAAGCGAGGAAUCGAACUCGAAUAAACAUCAGGUCAUCAUUGGAGCGGUGGCGAAAGCUCUGCAAGGAUUUGGGCCUGAAAACAGAUGCUGAGACAGCACUUUUUGUUGAACAGGUCAUUUUUGCCUUUUAUCGUGACACAUGUUACAUAAAUAACUCUUAUUAAUCUCUGCAAUGUCAAAACGGUAGCUGUCCAGGCAGCUGCAGAUGGUGCUCGCUAGCAGAGCUGGCGUUUACUGCCGCUAGCAAUCUGACAUGGUGAAUCCUAUAUGAAGGUAGCAUAGGAUCUUCUGCUGGCCAGCUUCUUGCUCUGCCAGAGGGGGUGUGUCAUGGGGAGGGCGGUACAGGUCUGGGGGGGAGUUAUCCUGGAGCACAGAGGGGAGAGGUUUGUGUGUGGGGGGGUGGGACGCUUUCUUUCAAAUCUACCUAAACGGCUCAGUUUUUUUCAACUGCUUCUCAGAUCGUCAACCGUGCCUUUACAGUACCUUUUUUUUUUUUCUACUCAUUUGAUGUUGUCCUAAACUAUCAGAAAACAUAAACAUCAUUGUUAAAAAGACUAAAAGAGCAAAAAAGCUUACGCUGGUACAAUGGUAAAUAAUUUUUUUCAGUUUCAUAAAUCAGAGCUUGGAGUUCAAUAUCUCCACAGUCACAGACUGUGAAAAGCCCCGUGUUCACUGACUUCUUUUGCACCGUCAGAGUUUAUUCUCUGGGUAACUACUGCAGUUCUGUGUUGUCAAUGUCUCCACCGCCCUCUGAGUCAGCUGUUCUUUGUCACUGCACUUAAAGCACUCCUGGUUCAAAGUAGUUCAACUUUUUAAACACUGUUGCUCUUGCCAACGUCAGUUCUUGAUGACAUCCAACUAAAACCAAAAGCAGCAGAAAUUCUGAUAUCAGUCAUGAGUCUUGAUUAUAAGGCCUGGAUGAACGUAGAUAUAUUUGAUCCCAAAGACCAAAACGUUAAAGCCUAUUCCACUGAAAAUAUGAGCUGUAAAUAUUCUCUUAAUGAUCAGUAUGAACAGUAGAAAAUCUGACAUUAAUGCAGUAAUUCAACCAGAUUUCCUUUAGGAAUUUUUUGCUUGUCACAGCUGGACACAAACAUGAAAUUUCAAGUCAGACAAGCUCCACACCCAAUAACCACAACCCUCAAACCAUACAUCAAACUGUCACCCUGGCAUUGGAUGUUGAUUGCCAGUUAUAAGACAAUCAAGAUUUGAUGUAAUUUCUAGGUGUAUUUGCUGCCCAACCAGACUGCAGACACAAAUGACUGUGAUCAGAGUGCUGAGUAGGUGUGUUUGGGUUCAUCUGUCUGGCCAAUGGUGAGCUUACGGGGUUUGGUAGUCAUGUUAAAUGUCCCUGACAUCUGAAACCUGAAGCUGACUGAAGAGACGCCAACAGACAGACAGUACAGCCAGAUCCAUGACAGACCGAAUACCAGCCUGGUCAUUAGAGUCAAACCCAGAACCUUAUGACAUCAGAGAGCUCAAUGCCAAACUGAGAUUGCUUUUAGCAUGACAGUGUGGUUUUAUUUUAAAUCCAAACCUUAAACCAGAAAGUAUCUAACAAAUUCAAUUUUAAAAGAGUAUAUUCCAUAUGACUUUUGUUUUAUGUACUUUUUCUUUAUAAUGUUUUGUCUGGACUUUGGAUUUUAAGCCUUUCAGCGAAAAGGAAGAUUGUGAUUGCUGUUUUAUAAAUUUCUAAACAGUGUGAAUUUGAAAAUGAUCGACUUUGUGGGGAGUCUGGAAUAAACUGUGCAAAUACAAAAUCUCUAUAAUUACUUUCCAUGCUCCCCUGAAGCGACUAAAUCAAAGAGACCGGUUUGAAAUAAUUUGCUAUUUAUCUAAAUCCUAAAUAUUCAACAUUUUUCCUUCAUUUCAGAGUAAAGCAUCAACAAGUGUUUUAGUGAUUUGUUACAGCGGAAAUGUGUUAAUUGUAUGUAGCGAUGUGUUGACAUCACAGCAUUAAAAGCUUGGCUCUGGUGUGAAAGACUCCAUCCUCCAAGUGUUGAUAUGCUCGAGUGAUUGUGUGUGUACAUGUGUUUGGGGAGAGUUUAUACUGUGGCAUUAGCCAUUUGUUGGGCUCUGUCAGAUCUUGAGCCAAAAAAACAAUGUGUAGCAGUCAGUGAAACCAAAUAGCAGGAACUGUUCAAUUGACCCCAAACAUAAGCUUUGGAGUUAAAAGAGAAAGAGUUAAGAAAACGUUAUCCCUCUUCUUUAAUGGAACGCACGUCUCUGUCGGAUUUAUGGUUGUGUGCGUUCAUAGAUAAAAAUGACGUGAAAUACAAUUCCCAACACCAAGUUGCUACGUAACUGAGAGAGGUCAGGCGUUUCUUGUGAGGAGACGCGACUCCUCCAGAGACGUCCAUUCAUCAAGUGCUGCCAACACACUAAAAGUACAAAGGACAGCAUAUCCUCCGCUGGCUCCUUUUCCCUUUUUGUUCGUCUUUCUUGUCACUUCUUCUUUUAAACGCCCUCCACAGUUGCGUUUAACUUCUUUUAAAUGGCCACAGCACAAAGAAACGCCUAUAUUUCUCUUUUUCUGAAUGGCGAGUAGACUUUGUCGGCAGAAAGGCACGACUAACUCGUUCACUUUUCCGAGCUAUGUUUCCAUACCCCCUAUAAAUAUUGCUUCCUACUAUUUGUCAACCAAGCAAAAUGAAUAGAGGAAAAAGAACUGAAGGAAUAUGAGCUUUCAUUCAACUGUCAGGUGCUCUCCGUCUGCCUUUCAUUGAGGUGCAUAUAAAAGCACAUUUAAUGGGUCUCGAAGCUCAUGUCGAGAAAUGCCCUUCAUCUACCCCAACCAAGCAGGUGGGGACCGGGCUUGCUCACAUAAAACAGAAACAAAUUACGCUCAGGAUACUUGAAGUUCCAAGUACACCAUAAAACAUAAUGUGUCAUUAAUGAAGUUGCCUUUUCUUGCCCUUUCUCUUUUUUGUUCAUCACGAUAGCAGCCGCGGAAAUAGUCACCAGAUCUGCUAAAACUUUAUAGUCUGUGUGACCAUGAAUAAUUUACUUUGAUUGCACAUAACGGAAAAAUAAAAAGGUUUGUGGAGUUUUUCCUCCCCAGAAAGAGCAAAGAGAAUUCAUAAUGGGGGAAGGUGACAAGACAUCAAAGAGAAAUUUUACAGAUAGAUAAGACGGUAAAAGAACAGUGACUUCAAAACAUCGCCAGAGUUUCUCCACUUUGUUCUCUAACCCGCAGCUUUCUGUACUUGCUCACUUUAUGUAGAGGGAGUCAGUCGUAAAAGAAGUUAUUUUUCCAUUCAUUCAAAGUGGCAUUUCAAAGCCUAUACAGCCUUAAGAAGGAGCACACCAUUUCACUCUAGACUGGUGUGAGAAAAAAUCGAUUACUGUCGGAACGAGAUACAUGGAGCUUCUCGAUGUCCCGACAUAAUAACCAUAAAACAUCAAAGUGUUAUACUAAAGAUAUAGAUAAUUAAACUGUUCUGUAGUUUUUUUUACAGCUAUCUGUGGUAUUACAGUUAAUACUCGCACCUUUUAUUUAUCUCUGUACACAGUCAGGAAAGGACACAGUCCAAUAUUUAUUGAAUGGCUUUUCCCUGAGUCAUGCUACAUCCUUUCACUAACUACAACUUUAAAGAAGAUCAGGAAGCUAACUUUUCUACAACCCUACAGACAACCAAACAACUGGAAACCACAACAAAAAACCUCCUCUGCUGAGGAAACAGAGGCCGAGCCACAGCUGGAAGUGACAGUGUGCAACACUGACAAAAAAUAAUAACUUGAUUUUGGGGGGAAUUUUGCCAACAACAAAAACUUGCAACUUCCAAAACUAUGUGUGAAACAAAAAAAUAAAACAAAAUUAUGUUUGUAAAAGUCCAGCUCACUUUUGUAAAUAGCAUGUUAGAUGUUGUAAAUGAUACCAAUAAAAACAACUUGUUAAACAAGUUGUCUUAUUUAUUAACUUAGAUAGUAAAGAAACUGUAAUAUAAAUAUUUUGACAUCCAAAAAAAGUAAAAUAGUCAUUGCAAUCCUAAGAGUUUAGGGAAUGUGUUUCAGCAGCUUUCUUAUGAAUUAAGAGAUUCACAUUUUUCUCAAGUUGUGAGACAAAAACACCAGCCUGUCCCAAACAUCUAACUUUAGAGCAAAACAGCAACGUGUUACAUUUCCUCGUUGCUAAAAGCCGUCUCAGGAGAGCUUCCUGAGGCAGGGAUGCACAGGUACAUUUUGACAAGUUUCUUCAGUCUGGAGAGGUUUACUUCAUGUGUUUUCUACCCAUCGAGAAAACAAACAUGGCUCAACACCACUGGUAUCAUCAAGUCGGUUUUGGUCUCUUUUUCAGGCACGGUGUGCAGAAACUCUUCUGACCACAUCUUCUUUGACCCUCUGUGUUGUCUUGAAAAAUCUGUCUUCUUUUUUUGGCUUCUCUGUGGACUUGGUGCUCAGGUACUCCAUUAUGGGUUGUUUGAUUGUUUUGGUAAGGGGUGUGGACUGGUUUUUCAUCUUAAAGUGCAUCCGUUAACUCAAACGAAGGGCAAGUACUUUGCUUACUGCUUCCACCCCUCUAAGGCCUGUACAUUUUGUCUGCAAAAAUCACCUGACGAAUAUUCUUGUCUUCCGCUUUAAUUCUCCUUGUCAUGCGCUCUCUUAAACCCGAUCUCAUUGGUGACACUAUCGUCAGCAUAAAUGGGUGAACAAGAUAAAUGAUAUUCAAACACUUUGAGUAGUUAGAAAGACUGGGAAUGUUCUGUUAUUUUCUGUAUUGAUAUUGCAAAGAAAUCUUAUGAGAGGACAUGAGAAGUUGGUAUUUCUAAUAUAAGGAUUGUGUCCCGUAAAGCAAAAGACCCCAAAACUUUAAAAUUACCAAUAAGCCACAACCUGUUUAAGUUAUUAUAAGUCAGUCCCACAAAGAUCAACUUACAGCAGUCAAUACUGACACAUGUUACAAAUGUUAUUAAUCCACUGGUGAAUACGGGUCCCUUCAAAUGCAAUAUGUACGUUUUUAUAGAUAUAUUCUCUAAAACUACAAUGCGCAGCUGCUUUUUGAUUCAACUGAGUCAUUAGCAUAUAAUAAGAAAUACUAUAACAUCCUAAAUAAACACAAAUUAUCCUGCUGUUGAGCGCCAGAUGCAAGCUGGGGAAGUUUGCAAACCUAAACCAUAUUUGUUUUGGUCUACACUCAGGUUUUGUUGGGCAUAACAAAAGUAUAGCAUGUCCUCAGCCUUACAAAUAAAAUAAGAAAUCAAACGAUCAAAAUCACAUUUUCCCUCUUAAUAUGGAAAGCUGUGCAACAUUGUGGUCUGAAAUUCAAUCAGAUCAUUCUUUGUAGGUAGAAUUGUGAAACUUAUUUUGGAUGUAUCACUUUCAGUGGAUUUGGAGACAUAAACUUAAAAUGGAAAAACAUAAUAAAAAAAACAUACUUCUACAGCAAAGGACUUCAGGAGUUAAGGUUUUUUCACAAGUAGAAAAUGUGGUAUUCUAACAACCAUGAAUCUUUUCAAGGAGUACUUCUUUCCCUCCUUUAAACAUCCCAAGACUUGCACAGAGGGAGAAGAAAUGGUUGAUUUUGAUGAAAGGUUCAUUGAGCCGGUUUCCGGCAGACGUUGAUCUUCAGCUCUAUCACUUCACAGCAAAGACUCAGGGCUUUGUGAGCUUUCAAAGACACCUUGUCUGUUUUUCAGAGCCUGUCUUUCCCCCCUCGAAAACAUUUCCUUAUCUCUCGUCUGUCAAGUUCCAUUUCUCCGUCUCACUUUAUGUCAGCAAGACCAAGCCACUGCACGCUCAGUCUCCAGCACUUAAAAAAACCCACUGUCCAUAAGAAACAAAUCAGCCGUUUCCAAACUGCGUGCCUCUGCUCAGACAGAUCAGACUUUAGAUAACAGCAACAAUAUUAGUGGUUUGGAUACAACACCUACACAAUUUAGCUUGUUUUGACUCUGUUUGAUCCUCUCGGAUGGGUGAUCAUCACACUGUUUCUCCUCAUACUGGGUUCAAAUCACUCUUUAAGAAUAGUGCACUCAGGGGACCAGACAAUGGGUAUUUUCCAGCGUAUAGGAGCAUGUGAAAAUCUGGCAUACAUGCACCAGCUUCUUCUCUGCUGCAAAAUUAAAGGUGAGGAGUCAAAGUUAAGGAAGUUUCCAAACACCGAAGAGACAUUCAACACUCGCAGUGAAACAUAAGAGCUCUGAGGGUGAUGUCAGGGGCUUGAGUUGGUAUCACCUGCCACCUGGAGAAAAACCCUCUGUAGAUUUUAAUCUCUGAUUGGAAGGCGGGGAGCUCAGACCAAAUCAAAAGACUUCCCUUAUUUGUUGUUGCAGACAGUAUCUUUGGAGAAUCUGGGUAUGACGGGCUUAUGAGGGUGUGGAGCAUGUUUUGUGCACGCUAUUUGAGUCUGAUCCUGCCCCUUGUUGCGAACGAGUGACAAAUGUUUGGUAAAACACCAAACUAACAUGAUUCGUAGAUCUGCUUUAUGAUGCGAAGAGACUGUUUUAAAACCAUAAAUCAUCCAGGUGCAGCUUCACAGGAGAAAUCCACUGAGAUAGAAGUCACCUGACAGCGAUAUUAUGAUUAAUAAAACUGCUGGUGAGGAAAAAAAAUCCCUGGAAAUAAAAGUAGCCUUUUAUCUAAGCAGGUAGAGUGAAUUGUCAUCUCACAGUGCAUCAUUUUCUCCAACCUGUGGGCGGUUUUGUUUCCAAAGACAGAUAAACCAUGUUGUACUGAUUAUAGGGCCACUUUAAGAGAGUCACGCAACACUACAGCAUGAAGUCCCAGAGGAUGAUUAGUCUGGCGGACUCAGUAAAGGAGCAGCAGUGAAAUCCAUUUGGAAACUCAUGAUGAAAUAUGUCACAUUUUCUAUAUGUUGAACAUGACUCUGCCAGAAUACUAAGAAGUCAGGAAAAAAAGAGAAGUUGAUUAGUAUUUAUAGGAUUUUUAUUGUGUAAAUUGCUGCUCUCUCUGAACCAGCAGGACUCUGAGGUCAGGCAUCAGCAAUUAUUUGAGACUGGGUUCAGAGGCUGUCCCAAGCUGGUGAUCAGUUUAAAGGGAUAUUCCGGCGUAAGAUUAAGUUAGGGUCAAACACUUCAUAACACAGAGUUAGACACCCCCUCGAGAGAUGAAUGUUGCCGACCGCUUGCUUCUCUAGUUAUACCAACUUUAGUAACGACCACAGGAUAGCAAUACACAGUGGUCUGAGGAGCCGUAAACAAACCUCAACCAAAACGCCACUCUAUAGCCACAAAUAAUGCUCAGCACAGCACCUAACUUCAUCAACAGUACAUAUAGAGUCCCAGCCAUAGCACUAGCCACCAAACAUCUUUUUAACUUUGCCUAAUUUCUUUAGCAAAGAGACUAAACACAACUGACCAACUCUCUUCCAGCAGCUGCAUGUUUGUAGCGAGACCUCAGGCCAGCCCAUUACGCAGUCUGCAGUGCAAAAUGAUUAAUAUCGUGAUUAUGACUUCAAGGAAGUGAUAAAGAAAUGAUCAUAAAUGUUCUUCCUUGAGCUGUGUCACCCCGCUGUAGUCCAUAAUGGACUGGCCUAAGGUCUCACUUACAAACAAGCGGCUGCUGGAAGAGAGACGGUGAGUUGUGUUUAGUCUCUUUGCUAAAGAAAUCAGGCAAAGUUAAAAAGAUGUUUGAUGGCUAGUACUACGGCUGGGAACCAAUAUGUACUGUUGAUGAAGUUAGGUGCUGUUCUGAGCAUUAUUUGUGACUAUAGAGUGGCUUUUUGGUUGAGGGUUGUUUACGUCUCCUGAGACCGCUGUGUAUUGCUAUCCUGCGGUCAUUACUUAAGUUGGUAUAACUAGAGAAGCAAGCGGUCAGCAAUAUCCAUCUCUCAAGGGGGUGUCUAACUCGGUGUUACAGUGAGUUUGAACCAAAAUUAAUUUUAUGCCGGGAUAUCCCUUUAAGGGAUAAACAGACCUCCAUUCUGUCAUAUAUUCUUCCCAAAAAGAGAGUGAUCUGAUAAAACAUUUUGUCAUCUCUGUGAUAAAAUGUGUUUGUAGAAACCGCUUUAGAGACCUGUAAAACCCUGCAUUUCAGGGAAGCAGCCGCUAUUUACAGUCUUUCAACGAUUACCAGGAACUCAAUUCAGGCUAGUAUGAAAUUGCAGAAAAUAUGCAUGUGUGUGGCUGCUCUGAGGCAAUUCAGCAGAAUAAGAACCACAGACGAGUAGAAAAUUGCCGCCCUAUCUUCCAGAGGGCUUUGGCGAGCGCAGAACAUUUCUCAGCUAAAUUUGCAGAGCUGCAGAUAAUGUCACGAUUAAAGGCAGAUAAGUUAAUCCACCCCAGCCUCUGAUUCUUGACAUUUCAUGAUAUGAAGCGCAGGCCGCCUGAGGGCAGAAUCGCAUUUGUUUAAAGCCUGGGAUGAGCAAAACACAGCUCGGAUUCACAGGCUUUGAAACAUCUUAAUGAAGAUGUCACACUUUCUUCUCUCAUUGCUGAGCUCUCCGCAAAAGCUAAUUAGCAACCAUGACCUGAUCUCACAUUGACAUUCUGCAUUCACUCAAGCUGUUGACUGUGGCUCUUAUCCUGACGGAGGUUUGAUUUGUUUACCAUGUUAAUAAAGGUGCGCUGUGGCUGAUGGAUGCUCUGGAAACGGAACCAGACGCCGAAGUGUGGAGUUCACUUUGCACAAUAACAACAACAACAACACGAGCAGCCCGCUGCUCAUUCAAUCACCAAAAACAACAAUGCAAGCAAACAUCCGCGCACUUCAUUAGCAUUUCAGAAAUUGGGAGCUAUAUAUAGAAGCGGAUGAUAAACAGGAAGCAGAUUAAUUGUGAAUACAGUAAAUAAUGCAGCAAAUCUGCGCUGAGAUCAGGGGCCUAAUUUAAGCACAGCUGAGAGGACACCUGUUGACAAUUUUUGCAGUAAUGGUCACUGUGAUUUGAGGGGAAUGAGUUGCUCAGAGGAAAUACAAAGAUACCUUUUCCAUCAUCUGUGUUACACUUAUCUGAGGAAUGUCUGCCUGUUUAUUAAGAAUAUCAGGAAAAGUCGUCAUCAGCGACAGAAUCCAGACAUACACCGCAUUCCUUCAUCAAACACUUCCUGUAAACAGCCAAGUGCUUCCUGCGUUGAUACACUCACGACUGUAUUGCCGCCCUCUUCACUGUUGUUGCCCCCGUCAGGGUUGCCAGGUCUCGCUCCACAUCCUUAGAUGUUUGAGAAAAUAAGGCGGCCCCCACCGGCUUACACUCACGUCAUGGCGCUCAGUCCACUGAUACAUUAGGAGGAAACACCAUCUGUUACAUUUUCAUUGCAGGCUUUGCUUCAAGCUAAGACAAUUAAAGCUAAUAGAGUGCAAAUGUUUGAGCCUGUGCUGCCAACUUUACAAUGUCUCGCACGUUCUUAUCCAUGUCCAAAAGACAUUUUAAUGACUGGUAAAUCCACAGUCAUAAAUUAUUAUCAAUGGUAGCACCUGGAUUCAUUCUGGGUACAGCCUCAGUUUCAGUUCUGAUGCUCACAUUAACUGUUAAUUUGAAAUAACUCUGCAGGCAGUUAUCCCCACAUUGCUUUACAAUCAUUCCUGAAUGUUAGACUUAAUCGAAUUUUGAAUUACUCCUAACUACUAAGUGGGCUGGUAAUGGUGCUAUAACCCCCGCUAUCUCUCAUUAUGUACAAUUGGAAAGAAUCGGUCAUGCUUUCUGCAAGUGAUCAGUGAGCACCUUUGAGAAAACGCUGUGAACAGAUUCUUUUUACAGCGCUCGGGAGAAUUAUCUUUCGGCUAAAAAAAGGACAGGCUUGGAUAAGCAUCUUUAGCCGCAGGGGCUUGGCCACCCCUGAGGUGAGAGGAUUGCUUCACAUGAAGUGAAGGCUUCAAGUGCUGUGUGUAAAAAUGGAAGCUGCUCUUGUUGUUGGAUCUCAAGUGGGUGGCACAGACAUGUUGCCCUCUGGGACCCGGGGCCUUUGGGAGACAAUGGACAGGCUGUGUGAAGCGGGAGCUUCGGAGUCCAGGGUCACAGGGCCCCUCUUCUCAGGUCUACACCGUUAAAGCGACUGUUUAGUGACAACAGAGAGAAAAAGGGGUUUGUGGAAGGGUUGUGUGAAGUGGGGGGUUUGUAUCUGGAGGUUGUGUCCAAAGGCGGUCCAUUCAUCAUGUGUCAUUGCGGCUCUGAGAUCCUUGAGCUCACAGAGAAACUAGUCCAUAUCUACAGAGUCCUAAAAAACACCAAACUUGAAGAUUAUUAAAUCAACAGAUUAAAUUGUCUCCAUGACGUUACUGUGUUGGAUAUCUUCGUUUAAUGGAAGGAUUAUUAGACCAGACCUAUAGACUCUUUGCUCUAGAGCUAAGUGGAAAAUGUCGUAAUAGGGUGGGGUUCAAUGCUUCCUUCUUAUAUUAUGUAUGCGGAGCUUAACGUACAAAAUUUAUGGUCCUCCUCCAACAAUUUCUUCUCAAGAGGGGAUGUAGAAACUUGUUGCAUUGAUGUUGCUCAAUGGCUUCAUGCGAUAAGAAAACUUGUUGUGCCAGAUUACAGUUCUCACAAUUCACUGCGAGAAAUGCAACCUUUCCUGUUUAUUGUGUGAUAAACAAAUCAAAUAAAUAAUUUGUCUUAUUUUACAGCCGCGCAGGGUGGUGGUUUUCUCGCGGCUUUUGUUCAUGGAAAGAAUAAAAUCUAUAAGCAACUUAAUAAAACAAAUGACUUCAGGGGGAGUCGGAACAAACAGUUCGAGUGAUGUGAUCGGGGGCAGAGCCUGAUAAGUUUUUUCCUGCGGUUACUCCCAGUGUCACGGACCAAGACUUCAAACAGCAGGAAUGAUUUAAACUAUACCUUGAGCGAGACGGAGGCUGCCAGAGCCACAGUCGGUGAAGAAUAGUGCGAGGAAGAAAGGUUGGUACAGCUGGCGGAGAUACAAAAGCAGGAAAGCAUGAACCUCAUCUCACACCUUCCCUUCUUUCAUCUACUUCCCCUAAUAAGCUGGUAUUUUGAUUCCUGGACUCCUGGCAGGCUGCCCUGUUUGCAAUUCAAAGACUUUUCAACAAGAGCAUCUGUUUGGGUAUUAUCAUAAACCUGCAUGCAUCCCCCCACUCUUCACCUCCUUGCUCCCUCCUUUUCCUCCCUCCCUCCUCCUCCUCCCUCCCUUUGCUACCUCUUUCUGCCUCCGUCCUCAGCCGUGUGCACUUGCAUGUCUCUGGAAAAGGGGUGGAGAAGAGGGGUGGGGGGGCUUUUCCGUGACCCACAGAGUCAAUGAUACAUAAGCCACAUGACCAACUGGACUCACACACACACAGGGACACACACGCAGACAGACAGGCAGACCUGCAAGCGGACUUCCAGCAGCACAUUCACAGCUCCACUGAACUUGGCUCUCGCUGCUUUUUUCUCUGACAGAAGAAAAGGAGACACACACACACACCUCUGUGGGAGAGCUUAGAUAAAGACGUGCCUUCAGUCUUAGAGUGGCGCUGUCACACACUGAUAUACAAAUACGCAUUUAGACAAAUACACAGGCACAGUCAGGGAGCCACCGUACACACACAUAUUCCCACAAAUUGACACACUCACUUCUAACACACACAUACACACACACACACACACACAGGGGAGCAAACAGUCUCUCUCUCCUUCUUGCUCGCUCAGCUGCUCUCUCUCCCCCUCUCUUCCUCUCUCUCUCUGUCUCUCUCUCCCUCCCAUCCACACACACACACACACAUACAUACACACACACACACACACACAAACACACACACACACACAGCACUACAGUAUAUCAGCGAGUGACUAGCGGAGAGCCAGAGGGGAGUGCAGAAAUGAAUGUGAAGAUCCUGACGCUGGUGAUUGUGCUCUUGGUGUCUCUGCUGUGUUCUGCCAGUGCUGGUGAGUACAGGAGCGGCCAGCCUCGUCGCCGGUCCUCUUUCUCUCCGCUUUUCAUUUCUCUCUCUGUUUGCCUGUUUGGCUCGUGCAGGCAGCUGUAGUUGAUCAGUUACCCAGCAUGGUUAGCCUUGUGUGGGCUCUAAAAGGCAGGAAUAUCAGCACCUGGCUAUAUACAGCACUGCACUGCAGUGGUUAUACUGUUAAGCUAUUGUACUGCCUUUGCUAUUAUGCUGAACUUGAAUGUGUUUCUUGCUUAGAUUGAUCAUUUUCCAUCCUGCCUCACCUUGAUGUAAGCUUGUAAGACUCAGAGAUGAAAUAUUAGCAGGUUUUUGUUGUGGAGCUAUUCCUGAGUGAUGGGUAUGCUGGAUGUAUGUGUGACUGUUGUGGCUGUUAUGAAAUGUAAGAUAUGCAUGGCACAUGUUCUGCAAGGUGGAGUGAAUCUGAUUAAUUUAUGGCUUCAUGUAUUCCAUCUGACCUGAGUGCUAUAUGAUUAUUACAUGACAGUGAUUGUGCAGCAGGGCAACACAGCACCUAUAUGUGCGUGCAUGCCUCCUGUGGUGAUGGUAAUGAGGACUGUAAUUGUUGUACACAUCAAUGGGAAGAACACAAAUCCAAGAUUCAUAGAUGGUCUCCUGUGGGGCUCACUCUUGAUGUGUUGUCACAGUAAAUUUCCGUAAAGUGCUGCUGCAUCUCAGGAGCCAUUGUUGGGCUGGUUAUCGGAUCUAGUUUGGACCUAAAACCUCUAACAUUUAGAGCAAAUUCGCAGACUUGGGACAAUUCUAGAGGGGCAGGGCGAAUUCUCUCUGGUGGCUCAUGGGAGUGAAAGGGUUCAGAGAAAUGUGGCUGGGGGUUUGAGUUUGGAAAGCGAUGGGCAGUCUGCAGAUGUAAUGCAGGUAACAUCGUGGUGUGAAACAACAACAGUUAGGCCUGUGUAAAUGUCUGGACCAGUCUUUGGAUUAUCACCUACCCACCAACUACAGAAGCUCAGAAGACACACACACACAGAGAAGCUCUGCUUCUGUUUAAUCUAAGUUGAAGAGACUCAGCUGUAUAAAGAGAUUGUAAGAUGUAGCUAAAACCGGAAUUUUGCAAGGCUAUACAAACAACACCAAGGAAGACAGGGGGAUAAUGUGUAAGAUGCUGUGAGGCUAUAUGUUGCUAGGUGCUGAAUAGAUGCUGUGAAGACUUUCGGCUUGAAAGAUGCUGUCCACUCUGUGUAUCGAUCCAUGGCCACAGUACUCACAGUUCCCAUGCUUCCCAGCACAUUCCCCUCGGCGACAUGCUAUUUUUGUCUGUGGCUCUCAGCACAUGAGUAAAUGGGAAGCAAUUAUCUAGCAUCAUGGUCAGUGUCGUUUUUCACGCCCUGCGUGUGGCUAAGCAUGUUCCACGCCUGAGAGCCCACCGUGCUACACCAGCGAUGGGGAAAACAAGGCUGCCAUGCCUCGGGGCUUUCAUAGGAGCUUAUCCUCCUCAACGCUGUUCAAGUCACGCCGCUUAUGAUCCUCUCUGUCCCCUGGCUGCUACUGUAGUAUGAGCACUCCAUUGACAGAGAGGAAGGGAGGGAAAGGGAAGAGGAGAUGCAAGUGUGUUGCGGCGUUGAUGAUGGGUGUGGGGAGGGAUGCUAGCUGGAGUGUGUCUGCGUAGCCUCUGCUACAGUAUGCGCUGUCGCGGGAAGGUGUCGGAAGAGGCUCUGCAUGUAGGCAGUGGGUGUGAAGCCUUUCAUCUUGAGACAAACGCUUUUCCAGUUCAGUGGGCUUCUUCUCUCUCGCUCAGGCAUCUGUGUGUGUACAUGUGUGUCUGAGAAUGAAGAGAGGGAUGCACAGAGAGUGAGACAGAGAGAGCAUGUGCACUUGCAGGAAGCGGUGAAUAUUGGACUGAAUCUGACGGGUAUACAGUAGGGUGGGGAAGUGUGAGUCUUGAUUGUAUUUACGGAUGUAUGGAUGCAUUUGCAUACUAGCGAGACCUCCAAGUGCAACAGGCAUUUCACUUGAAUAGCUGCUGAUAAUAUUUGCUCAGUACACUAAAAGAGCUGCUGAGGCUUUCUCUGUGUAAUAUUAGCAUCCUUUAGCAGCGCACUUCAAUUACCCAUCCUUGAAAAGCACUCUGGCUGAAGAGUGGGCUCCAGCUUUAGACAUGUGGUAUCCAUAAUUCAUCCCAAGGCCGAUCACUCUCCUUUCUCUCUGUGUAACUCUUCAGACUGGUUUAUAAACAGUCCUUAUUCUCAAAACAUUCUUGUGUCAGUCACGGCCGUUUAAGAGGACUUCAAAGCUUCAUUUCAUUUUCUUUUACCAUUGAAACACCCUGCCAGUCUCCACCCAGGGACGUACAUGACAAAAAACAAAAGCAGCUGGCUUAUACACACACACACACACGCAGAAACACACAUGUAUUUGGCUGCACGUAAACGUAGGAGGUGUAACUGUGAGGCCUGCGUUGAACAGGUGAGCUGAGGUGUAAGUUAGCGGCGCACGAGGCCCAGAUCUGAGACGUUAUCUGGCAAAGAGAUCUUCUGCUUAGAGGGGGGAUUUUAUGAGAGCUGUCAGCAGUGCUAUUAUUCCAUAUUAAACUUUGAUGUAUUGUUGGGGCUGUCUGCUCUGUGGCACCACCAUGCAUACACACUGUAAUGAGGCCCGACUUGCUCAGAUGCUCUUCCAAGUAUUACAAGUCCAAGUCGAGCCAAAGAGAGGAGGCUGCAUCACAUGAGACACCUAGAGGCAUAAACACCGCCCUGGUCGGUUUGAUUGUUUUGUUAACAACAUCAGAAGGUCCAAACUACCCGUAACCAGGAAGCUUUAAAUCAUAAUCCUCGGUCUUCCGAUGUAUAGAAGGUGUCCCUGCUUGUGAACAUGAUUACGCUGGCAGUGGAGAGAACAAAAGCAGUUAAACUUUCCCAGAUGUCCCUGCAUAACAUAAUAACAGUGGGCAAACAGUUGUGUCAAAGGGGGAGCAGUAGAAAGGUGAUUAUGGGAUUAUUGGAGGAUUGCUGAGCCUUUUCCUUUUUCUUUUUUCCUUUAAGACAUAGGAGCUUGAGAGCACCAGCUGGGUUUAUGUCACACAAACACACCACAAGCACACACACACAUAUAUGUGCACAGGGUCAGAUGAAAACCUUUUCAUGAAGAACCUGGAUUUCCUCUUCAUGCAGUAUUGCGAGGAAACAGAGCCAGCAGCCUGCAGCAACAGUGUAGCUCUGCAGACAAUAAACACACACACACACACACAUACACACACUCAUUUAUCACUCAAACACACUCUACAGAAUCCAUAAUUGUGUUUGGGAAUUAAGUAAAGAGGGAUUUGUGGGCCUCCUUAGUUGGUGUUGCACUUGUUAAGCUUGUGUUUGCAGAUAAUGUCGUGUUACAACCCUGGUUUGUAGGACGCAGACAGACUUUUAAAUGUUGCAUGGUUUCAGCUUUUGUUAUUGCAAAAUAUAAGAUGAUAUAAAGUUUUUAUCUUUUACCUCACCGUUACCACUUAAGUAGACAGCAUUUACACUCUUCUGGUUGUACUGUGCCAAAAAACACAAUCAAAGCGUCAUCAUGUGCUGACAAACUGGUUAUGGGAGCUUUCCAAAUAUAUCUGAUAUAAGUCUGAUGUUGAGUUGGCUUAUUGUAAGGGAAAACCACGCUGUUGGUAUGGAGGCUCUUGUUAGGAUUCAGCCUCUGGUUUUUGGUUGCAGGGGUGUUUUGUUUUUUGAUGUUUGUUGUUGUGCUGGUUGGGUUUUCUUGAAGUUUGGGUUCUUGAGAUUCAUUGUAUGGGUUUGUGUUUGGUCUUAUAUGCUUUGUUCCUAUAUAUAAUCAUGCUUCUGUCCCAAAACACUUUGUAAAGCCUUGUUUUUUUAUAGGGUUAGGGUUAGAGUUAGGUGAGUUUGUAGUGGGGGAACCAUUGUGUCCUACAUGUGUAAGAUUGUUCCUAGGUUGGAGAGCGCUGAUUUUUCUAGUUGUGCAUUUUUACAUCAAGUAGAUAAAUUUUUUAUUUUGUCAAUUAAAUUGAUGUCAUGUUAUUCAAUGUUUAACAUUUGAUUUGACUGCACAGUUGGACACUAAUCGUAAAUUGGUGCUCUACAAACAAAGAUGGUCAACUUUUGAUGUUUUCUAAUGAGCUCUUAAAAUAGAUAUGGUUUGCACUAAAAUACAGAUUUUGACACAAUCUUUUAUCAAGUUCUCAAUAUAAAAAACUGUAAAUAUGAGGAUUAUAUCUUUAAAAAGGAAGCAACUCGGCCCUCUUGUGCGGUGAAUCUUCUUUUCUGUCCAUUUAAAUGUAACAUCAUUGAGAAACAUAAUCAUAUAAAUGGCUGUUUAACUUUUUUUGUUAAAUCUUUACAAGAUGUGGUAAAAAUGGUCACUUUGAGUGAGAUUUUCUGUGAUGAGCCACUUCCCAUCUGUAUAGUAUUACCCAACAUGAGCUCUUUGACUGGCACCUACAAUGCUAUGAAGUGGGAGGGAGUUGCGGAAGAGAUUUAGUGAAAAAUCAUAACUCAUUUGGUAGGGAUAUAAGGCUAACCUUUAGGCUAACACUCCCAGGAGAGCUCGGCUGCUGGAAGACUUUGGCAUAUGUGACCGCUGGGCUGCUGUAAUGUAAUUCAGAACUCUUUGAAUGAAUAAAUCUACUCACUUAGAUCCUCCCAUGAGAGCAAAUGCAGUGAAGGGAGAAAAAAAAGAAGCAAAGGAAAAGUAAAAGUCGGGCUAAGAGGACAGAAAAAUGAAAGGGCUGACAGGAAGAGAGGCUAUCUAGGAGACGAGAGGUUAAAAAAGUGGUGCUGGUGGUCCAGUCUAUCUUUAUAAACUCAAAUUCUGAAUAAUGACAUGUUCGUGUCUUUUAAAGAAGUUUGUUUGACUAAAUGUGCUUAAUUACUUGUCAAUGAAGAUCUGACCCUACUCUGAUUCCUUUGUUGCGAUCAAGACCCCCCUUCAAGUUUUAAGGGCACAACCUUAGGUUUUGGGGAGGGGGGUUUUGGGGGUAUGAAGCGGGGGUCCUGUGUUAACCAGACCUCAUGUGAUCGCCAGACCCUAUCCUCAGGCCCGGGGCGCUCCUUACAACUUAAUUAGAGCCAGAUAUUUCCAAAAACCUGCUCUGUUUUUCACCAGAGUCCAAUAUUAAAGUGAUUUAUGGCUCUCUUUUUGAACAUUAAGUGUUACAUUUAUUGUGGUAGCGAUGGCGGAUCAAAUUUCUGAUUAAGAUCUAAAUGGACAUUUUUAUUAACAGCCUGCCAGACCGCAGAAUAAAAACUGCGGUCUCUAAAAAUGCAGGUACUUUAAUUACUUUCACGCUCAAUUUGUAGAACAGAAGAAUGAGAAAAUAUGACGGUAGCUGCAGAAGUAUGCAGGAGGAGUGAGUUUGUUUGAGAAUUAUAUAAACACGGAGGAGAGAAUAGUCACUAUUAACGCCAAGCCUCCACAGGCGCCAUCAUGGAUCACGGAUGUAAUAAAUGUGUGGCUGAGAGCGCCGCACAGCUGGCUGAUGUUAGGCGGCUCAGUCAGACGAGGGAUUUCACUGCGAAGAUGUCAGAAUGGAUUGGGGCUAUCAUGGAUGCUGUGGAGGGACUUAGUAGAUCUCAGGUUCAUUUUGUGACACUCCCACUGGGAUCUGACUAAAUCCAAAGCCUUAGGCAAAAGGAUGUUCAUGUCACUUUCUUCUCACAGAAAUACAGGAUGUUGUGGUGCAUAUAAUGUGGUGUAAAACUCUCUUUCACCCUCAUGUUCUCACCUUCAACAAAGCAUAUGAAAACUGUGCAAACACUUCCACUGGGCUCCUUAUGUGACAACACAGAAAUCAUUCAUUUAUGAAACCAUGAAUUAUUCAUCAUAAUUGCUCUCUUUGAUCACAAAUGGAGUUUUCCCUGGGAGAUAGUGUCACACACAUAUGUCUGCACUUAAACGUCGGUCGAUGAAGGGAUCUGCCACUCACUGUAAGCAUGGAUCCCUCCCUGGUUCAGCACUGGGCCCCUUACCUCUUCCCUCUGUCUCACACACUGAUCACGAGAGGCUGCCUUGCUCUCGGGGCCCCUGAACAUGAACAGAUGUUUGCAGAAAUACAAGGGCUAAACAAUAUUUGGAAUUCAUAAACAUGUAUCUACAUCAGGCAAACAGUUCCUCUAAACAGCCGAUGAAAACCUCGUAAACACAGAGGGGCAAUAAACAGUGAACUUCAGCUCACCUGCAGCUCAGCAGCUAAACACGCCGGUAAAAAAACAUCAUGAAUUUUAUUUCUUUGCUAAAUCUAUACAUCACUGUCACUUAAAAUGUUUUAUAGCUUUUACUACGGCAAGAGGCACCUUUCCUACCCAUUGUAUACUCAGUAAACAUUUGUAGCUGCGAGAAUUUAUUUACUUUGUAAAAUCCAAAAUCCAUCAAAGACAGGCCAUCUGAGGCCUCUGGUGACUCAAAUCAACAAAAACUCCCUAUGAGUUAAACCGUCAUACAUUUAUACCAUUACUAUCAAUAAAUAUCAGAUCUGAACUUGCAAAAAAAGGCAAUUUAGAUGCUCUUUGGCUUUUUUCCAUGUGUAUUUUAAAAUAGUCUGCGGGUAAUGCUUCUUUGUAUGAAGAGUUAAAGUGUCAAGAAUGUCAGAGCUAUUGUUUUGAAUCCUUUAGUGCGGUUGAGACCCAACACAAUCUGAUGCAAUGUUGCUACUUUUAUAGUACUGUUUGUGCUACGGGAGAAGUGAUGGUCCCCUCAGGCAUUAAAAGCUGCAGUGAACCCUGCGCAGUGACGUUUCUCUCCCUCUUUCCGUCUCCCUUUUUCUCCCACACCUCAGAUGGGAGAGAGCAUGCAGGUUCACAGCAGGGAGGUUGAUGACACAGGAGAGGGAGGGGGCAGUGUUUCACAUCUGAUAAGCGUGCCCAUGGAAACGGAUGGUUGGAGGAUCCCUUUGCCCUUGACAUGCAAUCUCUAGAGAUCAGGGCAACGGUUGGUAGCUUCACCUACCGUGUGUACCUGACAUGCGCAGAUAUUUAGCCCCACUGCUAUUAACGGGAACAGCCACACCAGCAUCUCUCCUGCUCCUGCCCUCAGCUGUUUGCAGGAAAAACAGAAAGAAAUCUCCCUUUAGACUUGUUUAUAAUCGCCACUCUUAACUGCUCAUGCUCAGUAGGCUCGAACCUGCAGUAACCUUGUAGCCACAAAUUCACCCCUUCAACUGGAGAGGGAUUGUGAGUUAGGCGACAUGCAAUCAAGUGGUGAGGGGAGUCAGUGGCUUCAUUAGCUGCAGCCGGCCCUUUGAACUCACAGCGCUCUGAUCAUAGCGGCGAACACAGUCUCACACCUCAUCAUUUCAUACACUCUUUAAUUCAGGAGCAGAGACAGCAGCAGCAGCACCACACUGCAAAGGGGGGCCGGCUGACUCAAAAGGACAUCUGCAUAAAGCCAGAGACUAAGGGGUGCAGAGUUUGGUUUUAAUUUGAUCUGAACCUUCAGAGAGGAUGAGGGGCUUUUUUUCAAACGAGGAUUACGUUUAAAAACUGCAGUCAUGGGAGCAACUUUUCAUGCACUUUGGUCCCCUCACUACAGUCUGUGUAGACAAAGACAGCCUUUAACAAAGCCACAAGCCGAGCAUUACCACAAACCAACAAUGCUGCAUAUCAAACAGCCCCAGACAGAAAUAAAAGAUAGAGUUCACAACCAAAACAAACCCCCCCAUGAGAGGAACACUCAGAGGCCAAGAGCCCACGGAGGAGGGGAAAAACAUCAGACACACUCAGACGGCUGAAUUCAGACCGUGUGCAGAGAAAUUUGUAAAUUGAGAACCUGCUCGAUAUCAGCUGACAAUGUCAUUCUUUUGCUCUAAACUGAGCGCCUUUCAUGGUGGCUGCCAUGGUAACGUGGUCUGAAAGUCGGCAAGCAAUUGGUACCAGUUUCUGCCAAGGCCCAGACUUACUGGUAGGCAUGCGAUAAGCAGCAUUUCCGACAUUAAAUGCUGUAUUGUGUGAGCUGAACAACAAGGGACUGCCUCAUUGUUUCAGCAUCAUUCCAUAUGUGCAGGAUGAAUGUGUGGACAGGCGAGCAAAUCCCAGCAUGAUGCUGCAGCACUGCUGGGAUUUAGGACUUAUUCUGCGUUCGAGGAAUGUUUGGCUUUUACCUGCCACAUUUAACAUCCCUCACUCUUGGCUAAAUAGUCCUGAUCUCCUAAUGUGCUUAUGCAGCAGGAAGCAUCUCUGCCCGUGACAUGUCUCUGUCUGGCUGUGUGGGUUAGUGUGUCUGUGGUAAUGGCAUGCUAUAGAGGGAUCGUUAGCCAAAGCUGCUUUAGGUGAAUGAAGGAGGGAGGCACACGAUGGAGACAGCAGGCCUGCUCCUCCAACGUCAUGGUAAUAACCAUGGCUACACACACCAGGGUAUUUAUUCUUCCUCUCAUCUUCUCACACAAAUAUUUUCCUCUUUCCCAUAAGGGUUGUACACACACACGUAAUGAGCUAAACCGCCUCUGUUUAAGACACAGAAAUGCUUUCUCUUACUGUGCAUGCCAAGAGGAUAUAAUAAGGGUUAAUUUUGCAGGCUGAUAUCCAAUCACUAAUUAAAUAGGCUGAUCUUGUUCAGGAAAUGCUUCCAGUAUUAAUAGGGAUCAAAAUACGAAGCUAUGGAUCAUAAUUACUAAAGCACCCUAAUGUAAGCUGGGCGAUUUUCACAGGUUAAGAUUGAGGCCCUGUGUGAUUGAGAGGAAGUCUGGACUCAUUUGCCAGAGUAAAUAUAAUAUGAACAGACAGAUCCGUCUUCUCUGAGGAGCUUGAUGGUAAAAAGUUAAGCAGAAUCAUACUCACAGGCACAUAGGGUCACUCCAUUUCUGUCUUUUCAAUACCAAACAAUUCCCAUUGUCCCAGCUGUUUGUUCACACAUCAAAAUACAUUGAAACAAACGCCACAGGGAAAGAUAUGUGACACAGAGGUGUCAGAUAAGAGAAGCAGGAACGACAAAGGAAACAGCAGAGGGAUGAAAUGUUUUGAGCCAACCAAGAAAACGGAUCAAUGACAUUGCGCACAAUUGAUUCAUAAUCAGUGUGACUGUGAGUGAUGAGCAAGACAAGUAAACAAACAGACAAGAUUCGAGAGGACAGCAAAUCAAUUUGCAGUGACACAGAGGAAAUUAAACACAGCAAGGAUUAAAUUUGGGUGGCCAUGCUUGACUGUGUUUGUUUAUAUCCAAUGCUACAGUUUUUAAACCAUGAACACUGUGCGAAACUUGUUGCUUUCUCUUGAUUCACAGGCUAGUAUAACUUGACCCUUCAUGUCCUAGUAGCAUAAAAAUCAUUAUGCAGUGGCUGCAUUUACAAGUGCAGACAUUUGUUAUGUGGCAGAUUUGGCAGGCGAUGCACACAAAUCAGCUUUACAGCCCGUAAUAAGCAGCUCUGGCCUAUUUGCAAUGCUGUCUGUGUUCUUGCAUUGACACAGAGUGUUGUGAUAUACAGUGUACUCCUGCCAGCCAUGAGGGCAGCUGAUGAACUUGGCAUUUAACCAGAGGACAGCCAUUCCUCUUCUCUGACUAGACGGACAAGUGCUGGGAGAUGUAUGUCUCUCCAGGCUCCACUGAUGGACUCUCAGAAUCAACAGGGAUAAGCUGUCAGUAUCCCACUUUCAGUCGGGCCUUAAAAAGACUGAGAGCCAGCCAUUUAAAAAGACAACAUAACAGAUAUCUCCUUAGGAGGCGGUGGGGAAACUGGGGCGGGAAAUUAGGGGGCAGCCAACCAGGCAUCCAUCAUUCGUCUGUACACAGGCCAGGUUGUGAAACUGUCAAAUACUCUGCUGUGUGCCUGACCAGUUCUACCUCUUAUCCUCUACCCAGGGGUUUGGUGUUUUGGGAGCAACAUUGAGCUUUUUCAAUCAUUCUCAAGUCUUUGGUACCAAAAAUACAAGCACAGACUCAAUAAUUGUAGUCUGGGUGGACUCCUGUCCUCAUGAUGUGAAGGAUGCUAUUCUUAUGCAGCUCUCCGAGGCUGUUUUUUAUUUUUCAUUUUUAUUUGCGACAUCAAAACCCUUCCAUUUAUCCAGGACCUGAUGCAAGAGUGAGGUUGCAACCCUCGUGUAAUGGACAAACCUUAAAAAGGCAUGUGCGUUACAGACAAAGGGUUUUCAUCAAAAAUACCCCCUUUUUCUCUUGGCUCAUGUCAGCCAAUCCAACUUUCCUCUACUCCGGUUAGUAAUAGAUCAGAGUUGAAUAACAAAUAAUGCAAACUUAAUUUAAUUCAAAUAUUAAUGACCAAAAAAUACAACAAUUAGAAUAUAGGGUAAGUGUAUAUUAAAAAUCAAGCUGUUUUCAAGGGUUUUAUUGUAGCUUUUGCCUCUGUCCAUGCUUGACAGUUAAUGGUUUGUUGGAACGAUGCAACACUCUUCUUCUCCUCUUUUCUUUAAGGCAUUUGCAAUGCAGGCAACAGCAACAGCAUUAACCAGACAUUCCUGAAAUUCCCCCUUUAUUAAACUUUAAUGAGGGAAUUACCUCAAGGGGGAAGAAGUGUUGAGAUUUGGUGGAAAGGGGGCAAAACUGGGGCUUGAAGGUCAUCAGUAGUAGAGAUAAGACACUGAUUAUUGCUUAACAUGUGUUUUCCUGCUAUGUUACUGUGUUACCGAUGGAACAUAAACAUGGGAACAUCUCAUGGGAGAAGAUCAAAUAGGAUACUGCAGAGGAUGGAUCCAAUUUCAGAGCAAUAAGAUCACUGAGAUAUCUUUGUUUAUGGAGCUGAAAUACACAUUAUUCAUUAUUAGACCUGCAACGGAAACAAUCCAUAGGUUUUAUAGUAAUGCAACAGAUGCUGCUACUCUUCGAGUCGAGCAGGUCCACUACAGAUGGCGGCACAAAGCUAGCUGUUGCUGUAUGUCAUAUCCGUCACACAGAGAUACUCCUCUACAGGCUGUAGGAGUUAAUCUAUACUGCGAGUGUUAUCACUGGGGUCCAGCUUAUUUUUAGCAGCUUUCAUUACACUUUUCUAUCCUGUAGCCAGAUUGGAUGGGUUGAGAUUUGUCAGGAGAAUCACGAGACGGUCUCCCUUCAAACCCCAGUGCAGAGCAGUGGCUGACAGCUAGCUAUGGCAGGAGACAUCUAAAUUGUCUCAUUAUGGACAGCCUGAGCCACCCGCAGAGGAGCGCCAGAUGAGUUGUGUGAGCUGGGGUACAAUUACUUUACCAUCAUGCAUUGCAGCAAGCGCGUGUGUGUGUGUGUGUGUAGGUGGUUUUUUGUGCAUGCAGGGCAACUCCUUACAUGUGGUUGCAGCACCUUUUGGACUUAGCCAUCACUCAUCCUCGGCAGCAGUUAGGUAUUAUGUAGCACUGUAGUAACUGCGGUUACUGUGAGACAUUUAAGGUGUCAGUAUGCUUAAGAUAAGUGCUUGUCAAAUGUUUGAGAUGGAGUUUAGUGUCUGAAAGCCCCUCUACCACAUCUUUCCACAGUCUGACAGUCUAUGGACACUGUUAUCAAACAAUCUCGCUCUGAUUGAGCAGUAAUCAGUUUGUAGAGUUGGGAAAUGGUCUCAAAUCUUUCGAGCUCCUUGUUCAUGCAUCCAUUAUCCUGUGGAACUUAAAAUAGAUUCAAGAAGAUACCGGAAACACUUUACUUGACGCCUAUCUCUAUAACGAAUUAUAAAUAUAUGUAUAAUGCGUUAUAAUCACAUUAUAGCACUGUAUAACUAUAGCUAUAAACACUCAUUAAUGAUCAUAAUGCUUUAUAGCAAUAAUCAUAACAUAUUAUAAAGAAUCUUAUCAUGACUCACAAGGUCAGGUGUUAUUAUAUGUUGGAAGUUUUAACGACUCACUGACAAUGCCCACAUAGAUAAUGCAUUAUACAUAUAUUUAUGAUGUGUUAUAAUUUGCUUAUAAACUUGUACAACUAUCAUUAUAAACACUUAUUAAUCAUAAUAAGGCUUUAUAACGAUAAGCAUAACACAUUACAAUAAUGCUUUAUAAUGUGUUAUGAUUAUUGCUAUAAAGCAUUAUGAUCAUUUAUGAGUGUUUAUAACUAUGGUUAUACAGUGCUAUAAUGUGAUUAUAACGCAUUAUACAUAUAUUUAUAAUGCAUUGUAGAGAUAGGCGUCAAGUAAAGUGUUACCAAGAUACCAAUCAAAUCUGAAUUUGUAUCCUACUAAAAACAAUUCCCUGUUGUACGUUAUCAGAUAAAACUUAGUGUAAAGUUUGUAUCAGGCAUAGUGACGACUUAAUAAUAAAGACUGCAGCCUUAUGUUUCAGUGUGUUCAGUUCUUAAGGUGUUAUGAGAAGCAGGGCUUCCCAAAAAUCUACUGGAAGCAAGAGUGUAAUAACAUCGAACCCCCUGGCUUUGAAAAACAUGAGUUGAACGCCUCAAAAAUGUGUCAAUGUCCUUCAUUCACUGCGUAUCUGGAACAAUAACAAAAGGGUAAUACGCAGAUUAGUCCUCCUAGGGGCAAAGAUGGGCUUUAGAUGCGGAAAUAUGCAACAGAGACUUUCCUGCUGCAAAUGAAUUAGCCUACUGUUCACCCACAAAUAUACUGUGUAAUGUGCUUGCGGAAGAAGAUUAGUGUGGAAAUGGAACUUGAGAUGUCUGGCGUUUUAGGGAUAGACAUCGAAAAUAUUCAACAAGCCGUCUAGCUCUGCCUUGUAGUUCUCUAUUAUUUAAGCCUGAAGGCUACAAAUCCAUUUUUUCUCACCCUUUUCUAUGAAAAGUUGUUCUUUUGAAAAUGUCUUCAAUAUGCCACAGCUGAAGGUCAACAAUUGCCUUCUUUCUAAUGGCAUUUUGAAUUCUGCUCUUGAAGAAAGCUGCCCUCUAUUCAGCCAAAUUGAUCUUGCCUUUUAGUGCCAGCUGAGUGUUUUGAACGCAGUAGACAGGUUUCGAGUUUUAACAUUUCAAUCAGGCGACAUUCUCAGGAGCACAGCUGUGUCUUGUUCAUGUAACAGCCCUUGGUAUCACCAUUCUGCCUCAUCUAAAUACACAGACCGAUGAAAAGAAUUUAAAGGAACCAAGGCACCUAGUAUCAUCGUGGCUUUUGUAAGCUGCUCAUCUGCUGUCCUCAGUCAAGUGUCUGCUUUCACAAACCUCUGCAGCCAGCUGGAUGACUUAAGCAGUGUCCUAACAUAAACCAAAGAAGGUUAUUAUGCCCAGGAACUCUAAAAAUGGUGCUGGUGUCUUAGUGCAGAGGAGACAGGAAUGUCGUGACCCUUUGUGAGUAAUGCCAGUCAGCUUUUUGAUGGGAAAUGGCUCGCAGGCAUUUGUAGCUUCAGAGCCAAAAAGGCUUGUUUGGCUCUGUAUACGGCUUACAAUGCAAAUAGAUCAAAAGAGAUAAUAUUAACUUCAAAAAGAAGAGAGGCGUGUUUUAAAUGGUUUCUUUUAAAAGGCUUUCAAUAUAUAAGCCUGCAAAAUCAGACAUUUAACAGUCUUCCUUCGUACUGUAGUGAGUUUUCGUGCAUGCUUUUAGAGUUUCACCUAUACCUUAGACUCUAGUUACUUAAUGUUGAUGGUUACCUUGUUUUCUUGGGUUUAUUUUGAAUGUUAUGAAAGUCAAGUCCCCAUACAAAUACAUCUAACGGCUUAACUGCAUUAAAAGUCAAUAAGAUGAAGGUUUAGUGACAUUUCUUGGAAUUUAAAAAUCAACCCCCUUACAUCUGUUACAUAUUCUUCAUCCUCACCGAGGCAUUUACCUUUUCUACGUGCUGAAAUGAAGAGUACAGCUCUGCUUUUACUUACAUUUUAUUGGACUGUAUAACUGGCUGUAAUGUGAAAGAUCACUCUCGUUAAAUGUGCCAUUAAGAGUUAAGGUACAACUGCAAAAACAUUUUUUAAUAGAACAUGUGGAUCUCCAAGAGGAGGUCUUUCAGGAACCAAAAGGUUGAAAGGUCAUAGACACACUAUAGGUGGACCAAACCAUUUGGAAAAGAGGGGCUUAAGGGGAUCAGGCCUCACUUAUUGAGAGAUGACUGAGAACAUCUGGGAUCACUCUCAAACACACGUGCACUCGCACACACCUUAAACAUUCAUGCACGGUCUCUAAAAUACACAAAGCUAUUCUCCUCAUCUCUAAUCUUGGAUCAAACACUGCGACAGGAUGCAUCGCACCGAAAAUGUCAAGCAGAGUUUGUAAUCUUUAGGAAGAGUGACAGAGACAUGAGACACAAGGGUUUGGCGCUGUCUAUCAGCUGCUCUAUGGUUACGGGAUGUUGGAUUAAUGAACUACAAUACUGGGUGGGCUCACAGAGGCCCACACACAAACUUAUCUAUACAUGUCUCCUCUGUCCUCAUCAUUUACCUCUAUGAUUCCUGCAGCACAUGUCAGCGCUGAUAAACGUUAAAUUGUGACACUCUGAGUGAAAAGUGAAGAGGCCAUUUUUGGGAACGUAACCGGUCUCUCUAUUUUCUGUGUCCUCCAGGUCCCAUGGCCUCCACGGAGCAUGGCAGAGAGCUAGAAGAUGCGCCCACAGUGAGAAAAAUGGUCCAGCAAAACCCUGCAAGGGGUGGUCAGACCCACAGACCGGCUGGUUGGAAGAGGAGACGCCCACGGCCACGUCUUUCCCACAAGGGGCCCAUGCCGUUCUAGAGCAAGGUGAGUUUCUGGGAGUCUUGGGCAAAAUUAUGCUUGUUAGGUUUUGCUUGGCAGAGCAUGCCAUCAAAGCUGCCAAAAAAACAGUUGGUACCAAACCGUGAAAGGCUUCACUUCUCUAUGUUUAUAUCUUCGCUCUGCUUUUGGACCAGCUUUCUGUCAAAUCAGACCUGCGUGAGCAAAACCAUUCCCAAUAUCAAAUCAUGACUGCUGACAAAAGAGGAAACACAUUGCUGUGAGAAAUAUGAUGUUGGGUUUGAAAAUGAGUUGUCAGCAGAAUACGUUUUGACAUUUUCAAUGACAAACAGAAAACUCUCACUCAUAUAGGAAGACUGGAAACUCUACAGAUAUCCACAGCAGUCAGACUUGAAUCAGGCUAAGAGGAUAUCAAUGUUAGCUACAUGAAAGCUCCAACUCUUAAGAGCCCGGUUAGCAUGCUCGGUAGUAAAACAGAGGUUGUUUUAAGGCUACAUCAUUUAUUUCCUCAAGUGGGAGACAGUUAUGCUAAGAAACUCAACCUUUAAGCCGUUUUACUGAGCAAACAUCAUUUCAUUUCGCCUCAUUGAGGGAAUUAAAACCCUUUUCCAAAAGAUAACACUUUGUCGAGUUGGGUUUCUCAGCGGCACCACUUCUCUUUCAAAGGAAUGUUUAGCCUGCCUUCAAGUCAAACAAGGCUUUCCGUGAAAUCUCUUUUAUCAAAAAUCAGAGAUAAUAUUUUAGUUAUCACCUCGCAGUAUGAUUUUCUACUCUGAAGCAAAACAAACUCUGGAUAAAGGAGCAAAAACAGAUCAAGCGUCAUUGAGGAACUGAAAGUCACUUUGACCUGUUAAAUGACAUGAUCAAAUUUACAUUACAUGCGUAUAAAUUUUCAUCUCUGGUUGUUCUUUCAUCUGUUAGCUCAACUCUGUGAGUAGGUGGCAACAGUACAAUAACAUAUGUUCCUGAAUUAAGUAGACUUUAACCCAUUCAGACUUCACUCCCAGACUAUGUGAGAGACAGGGAAACUCAGCAAGACACAAUAUCCCUGCAGGAGGUGACGACCAUACAGCACUGACCUGCAAAGGGCUGUCGUAAAUUAAAGCUAUGGUGAGAAGAGGCUGCAGCCAGAGAGUGUAAAAGCAUGGUUAAUCAGUUUAAAGGGGAUCAAAGCUAUAGAAGAUUGGAAGCUCUAUUCUCCAAAGAAAUCAGAAAUUUUUAACAAACCAAAGAAUUUUUUUUAUCAUUACCAAUUCAAAGGGUCAAACUUCUUUUGAGUCCAAUCCUGCUUUCAGUACAGACUCCAGAGGCUCAGCACAGAGGUGAGAACAAUGACAAAGGAGCAUAGCUGGAUAGGCUGCACUUAAAGGACAGCAUGAGUGCUCACAUUUUCUUCAGUCUGCCAGUAAAAAGUGAGAACCCUCUCUACAUUGAGUUGAGUGGUCAGAGCUGUUUAGUGCUCUGUACCAGAAUGACGGUCACAUAAUACGGGGACUUCCGGAAGUCGUGAAGCUCAGUAGAAAUGAAUGGCUCAGUGAAUCACACUGCUAUCUCCAUAAACACCACUUCGCUUUCCAUUUCCAGCUCCACUUAUUCUCACUAAGUUAAGAGUUCAAUCUUGUGCUAGAUUUUCUUCAUUUUCCAUGUAGAAUCACUCUAACCUGACUGCAUUGGGAACCAGGCAGUUCAAAAGCAGCUGUUUGCAGAUAAUGUAAUGAAUUUCUGAUGAAAAAUUAUCAAAAGAGUAAAAAAAAAAACCUGCUCUUUCUCCAUUUUAGUUUACUGACUGUAUAAUGAUGGAUGACUUGUCUUCAUUUCCCACUGAUGUAUAAAAAUGAAGCCAAAAUACAACCACGAUGGGUUCUCAUAUGUUGCCCAUUUGCACUCAGGAUUUGCACAAUGAAGACCAGAUUUUGAUGCAGUAGUAUCAUUGAUGGAUACUCUUUCCAUUCUUGCUUACCAGGUGCCAAUAUGAAUUUUUAUUUGACCCAUAUUCUACCUGUUGACAUGGAGGAUGCAGAAUUAAAGGGAUAUUCCGGUGUAAAAUUAAUUUAGGGUCAAACACACCGUAACACCGAGUUAGACACUCCCUCGAGAGAUGAAUGUUGCCAGUCCAUUACAGACCACAAGGAGGAACAUUUAUGAUCAUUUCUUCAUCAUUUCCUUGAAGUAAUAAUCACCAUAUUAAUCAUUUUGCACUUCAGACGUGGUAGUUCUUCUGCCCGAAGGUCUCGGCCUGAUUGCAUUUCCAUGAAGAAAUGAUCAUAAAUGUUCUUCCUUGAGCUGCAUCCCCCCGCUGAAGUCCGCAGUGGACUGGCCUGAGGUCUCGCUACAAAUAGGCGGCUGCUUGAAGAGAGUAGGUGAGUUGUGUUUAGUCUCUUUGCUAAAGAAAUCAGGCAAAGUGAAAAAGAUGUUUGGUUGCUAGUGCUGUGGCUACAUGUACUGUUGAUGAAGUUAGAUGCUGUUCUGAGCAUUAUUUGUGGCUACACAGUGGCGUUGUGUUUAAGGUUUGUUAUUGUCCUCAGACCGCUGGGUAUUGCUAUCGUGCGGUUGUUACCAAAGUUGGUAUAACUCAAGAACCAAGCGGUCGGCAACAUUUGUCUCUCGAGGGGGUUUCUAACUCGGUUUUACGGUGUGUUUGAACCUAAAUUAAUUUAUGCCGGAAUAUCCCUUUAAACUGCUGGGGAGUUAUGGUGACAUCGAUCUGUUUUUAUUCUGUCUAUGUUUUGUUCAUUUUAACUCUUUCAAAGACUGGAAACGUUGAAUCUAUCCAUCUAUUAGCCUCCUCACACGAUCUGGUCUUUUUCAUAUGUCCUGCUUUCCCUCUCUCUCUUUGAGCUGAUGAUGGGAAAAACACCUCUGGAAGCAGCUGGAGAUGCAUUUUGUUUGAUCAAAGCUAGAGCUCAAUGGAGACAUCCAGCUGAGGACUAGACUCUAAGGCAGACAGACUGUAUGUGGAUAUGUCAUUACCGGCUGUAACGUAAUUACUGCACCAUUAAAGAAGAGAUUAAGAGCUAUGAUUUACUUGACAAGAUACAUUCCCCAAAUCUAUGUUAUGGAGCCACAUCUCCGCAUUUCACUGUACAAAUCAGCUCAUCUUUCACUCUCUGAGACACCUGGGGCAAAGUUUGACUUUUAAUCAUUACAUAUUCCAGAUGGCAGCAACCCUGGGAAGAAAGAUGGUGACAGGGUCAUCCUAAGAUCUUAAAGUGCUAUUACAUCUCUAAGAUCUAAGCCAUGCCAGUGACAGUCCAAAAGACGACAGGAUAUUACAGAUUUUAAGCCGCAGGCGAUUCAUGAAAACCCCUUGAGACUCUGACUGUGAGAGAGCUCAGCGAACGAGACUCCUGGAUGUUUUUUUCUCAGCAAACAAUUUAAAGCAGAUCUGCAUCUCCUUCUGUGCAGUCACUUUGUUAUGUGGGAUGACAUCAAGACGCUGAGGUCAUCCCGUAGACCCCGAGCAGAAAAGAAGACGACAACAAACAACAAAAAUGUUUCUCAGUGGAGAUGAGAUAUACCGUAAGCCAGUGCUUGGGGCAUUACAUGACCACAUAAAAAAAGCCAUCUUGAAACAAAACCGGGCUGUUAUCUGUGACUGAACUGUGUUGUCAUGCAGGAUAGAUCACCGCUCUACUCAUCCCAAAUCUUGGGAAACUAUCACAAAGCAGAGACAGAUAAAAGGUUGAGAAAGAUGAAAGAUUUGCUUAUUGUUGGAGAGUGCUCCUGAGCCCAGAGUGGAGCAUAAUGUUGUGCUUCUAUUCCACAAUAAGAAAUACCGUUGUUUUUCCUACGGCGCGCUGCAUCGUGAAAUCUGGUUGGAACAUGUCUUCUUGGGUUACCCCAGUCAGCCCUGCAUUCAGCUGCGAGAUAACACUGAUAUGACGAAUAACACACAACAUGCGGAGACUGAAAUACCUGCAGGAUUUUGAUGUUUUUCUCUUCUGUGUUCUGCUUUUUGUUUUCCAGGCACUGCUUUGAGCGCCCUCCCCCAGGUUCUGAUUUCUAUGCUCUUCCUUUGCCUUGGGGGGGCCUUGCGACUAAAGGGGCCUAAGCUUGCCCAGCCUGAAGAGUGA